GAAGCUGGGGCGAGCUAGCGGGCGAGCCUACCUGAGGUGUGGUGGUACACAAUAUGGCGUGGAGGCUGUGAUAACGUAUCAGGGCUUAUAUUAGCCAUUUGUGGGCGAGUGGUUUACUCUGGUUAUGCUCCGUGGUACCCUGCGGAACCUCCAAGGAUUCACGCUGUUGAGUUUUGCAGGCUAGCAUAAAUACUAUAUAAUGUGACCACCAGUGCUACUGAAACAAUGCCGCUGAUCUCCAAAUUCAAGGAUAUAUUUAAAGGUGGAUCUUCGGCCAAAAAGAAAAAGCACUUUCAUAAUGUUCGGCUGGACAAUCCUGAAGAGUUCUGGGAAAUCAUUGGAGAGUUGGGAGAUGGAGCCUAUGGCAAAGUUUAUAAGGCUGUACACAAAGAAACAAAGCAGCUUGCUGCCCUCAAACAAGUUGCACUGGAAGAGGAGGAAGAUCUUGAAACUUUCAUGAUAGAGAUAGACAUUCUUUCAGAAUGCAAACAUGAAAACAUUGUAGAACUGUUAGAGGCUUACCACUACAAUGGAAAACUUUGGAUGUACCUGGAAUACUGUGAUGGUGGGGCCAUGGAUUCCAUCAUGGCAGAUCUUUAUCGGCCUCUUACAGAGCCCCAAAUUGCCUACGUUUGUAAAUAUCUUGUUAACGCCCUUGUGUAUAUACAUGAACAGAAGGUGAUACAUCGAGACUUAAAAGCGGGUAAUGUCCUCCUAACAAUGGAAGGAGGAGUAAAACUAGCUGAUUUUGGAGUAUCUGCCAAAAACAACACUUACGAUAAAAGAGGUACCUUCAUAGGAACUCCAUACUGGUUAGCUCCUGAAGUUAUCCUGUGUGAGACAUUCAUUGAUGCCAAAUAUGAUUAUAAAGCUGAUGUGUGGUCACUGGGUAUUUCAUUGAUAGAAUUUGCACAGAUGGACCCACCAAACCACGAAGUUUCUCCCGUCCGUGUUAUGCUCAAGAUUCAGAAAUCUGAUCCUCCUAAGCUCGACUACCCUUCUAAAUAUUCCAAGGAAUUCAAUGACUUCAUUAGCAAGUGCCUUGUGAAGGACCCAGCUCUUAGACCAAGUGCUGUGGAACUUCUGCAGCAUCCAUUCAUCAGCAAAGAUUUAGAUGUGAAGCCCAUCCGCGAUCUUCUCUUGGAGUACAAAGCUGAAAUUGUGGAUGAGGAGGUGUAUGAGGAUGGAGAUGAUCAGCGCAUUUCCCGGAUUAGUGAAGAUGAUCCUAGUCAAGAAGAAUCCUUCUCUGUAACCCCUACUACCGUCAGUAAAAUUCAGGAUUCUACCACUACAUUAGUUGAAGAAAAUAAAUCCCCCAGUCCAAGAAAAGAUGAGAAUGAGGUGGUGGCGCCAGUCACAGGUGAGCGGCGAAAGGGACCUGCUCCUCCUCCCCCUGUUAGUGGUAGUCUAGCUAGUACUACCACAACUAGUGCUUCCUCCACACCUAAGAAGGGCCCUGCACCUGCAGUCCCGGCUAGCACCACCCCCUCUAAACCUAGAGCUCCUUCACCUGUGGAUAUAACAUCUAAUGAUUUUGUAGGUGAGUCAGGUGAUAACACCUCUCCUAGCAGUACUACAAAUGAGCAAGUUACCAGCACACCCUCAGGGAAGGGCCCAGCACCCAAACCUGUACCAAUUGGUGAAAGCCCGGUGCCCAAGGAGAAACAUUCACCAACAUUGCCCAAGACAGACAUUCCAUGCAUAGAAAAUAUUCCUUCCGUCCCAAAUGAAAAUGAGAAUGUAAAUGAGAAACAGUUAAGUGUGUCUCAUGCUUCUGAACAAGAUAAAAAGACUGUGUUACAGGAAAAAAUGGAAACUGAUGAGAAGCCCAUGAGAGAAUCUGACACCCAAGAUCCAAAGAGUAACUCUAAAGCAGAUGUUGUUGAUAAUGCAAACCAAGCAACAAAUAGGGUAUCAGAAGAGGAAAAAGACAAAAGGCUUUCUAGUGCACAAAAUAUUCCAGAGAUCGAAACAACAACCACGUCAAAUGAAAUGGAGAAACAGACUGAAAACACAACAGUAGGUGUCAGUGUAUUAAUAGAUACAACUGAGCAAAAACAGACAGAAAAAGCUUUAUCUUCAGUAGUUGAUAAUACAGAACACAAAACAGUUAUUUCACCAUUACCUGCCAUUCCCUCUAUACCAACCUUGGCAUUUUCUACGCCAGAUUUGUUAACUUUAGUGUCUUCUGAGUCGCAGGUUACUCCUGUUUCUGACCAAGCUACUAAUGAGUCAAGGACUUCAGUGCCAGUGGGACCAGCCUCUGUAUCACUAUCUGCCAGUUCACCAGAGGCAGUAAUUGCAUCCAUAGGAAGUGAUGCUACUGUAAUUGUUCGCACUCCUACCCCAACUCCCCCUGAAACUUCUCAAGGCCAGCCCCCUGUGAAAAAAGAAAGCGUAGUCACAUAUUCUGGUCCUGCUAUCGUUGAUGAAAACUCCAAAGAUGAUGUGGAGUCUUCAUCGCCUGAAAUGCAAGAGUCUAUUUCUCAGCAGCCUACUACUUCUCCAUCCUUGUCUGAGGCUGAGGAACAGGCAGUGUUCAUUUUAGAAUCGGCCAUUGCAAGUGUUGGAGAUGUAGUAUCUAGCAAGAGUUCCCAGGAGGAUGGGGACGAUUCUAAUGUUACUCUUACAGGUUCUUCAGUCAUACUAACUCCAGACAAGGAAGAGGAGGUGAACACUUCAGUCAUGUCAGAUCAAGUAGUGGUUGCAGACAGAGUGGUGGUACCAGAUGCAGUUGCCAAAGAUAAGACUGAGAGUGUCACAGAAGUCCAGGUAAUUUCCAAUGAUGGCCAUAAACUUGAUGAAAGUGAAGUUGUCAUCAGCAGUUCAUCUAUACCUCAUGAAGAGAUGGACACACAUCCUGAACCAGAAUCUUCUACAAAGUCACGAUAUGAGAUCACACUGGAAGAAACUGGAAAGGUGGAAGUAGUCUUGCCUACUGUUACUUCUACAAAUGACACAACACACAUCUCUGUAGUAGCUGUAGAUGAUUUAUCAGAAGCCGAAUUGCCUAAGGGUCUUCCACCUUCUCAGGACACUCUUAGCACAGUGAAAACACCAGUACCAGCAUCUGUUGAUCCGAAGGCAGUAACCAACAGAUCGCCAGUUCAGAGUGAGCCAGAUAACCAAGGACAUUUGGAAACUUCCUCUAACAUAUCUAAUAUUUCUAAUCUAAGUGGAGGAACUGCCUCAACAGGGCGGUCUCUAAGUUCAGCUGAGGAAGAGAAUCGGCCCACAGUGUCACUGUUGAUAGAAGGUACAACUGUAGGUGCAACAGAUGUAGAUGAUGAUGUGUUUGAUCACAAUGAACACCAUGACUCAAAGACUGUGAAAGACAACUCUCACAAGAAGCCUGCAUUAGUUAGGGAACUGACAAUUGGAAGUGAGGUUUCUGUAGAGUCUGGAGUCUCCACUGGCUCUACUGUUUCCACCCCAACACACCAGAAUGAUUACUCUCAACAAAACACCCCCAUUGCUCAUUCUCCUGGAACAAAGAUCUUGCCUAAUGGAAUUGGCAGGGAUGGUCACAGAUUGUCAGAGAGUCGAUCUGAGUGGGACAAUAUAAGCACAAGUUCAGAAAGAGAUAACAGACAUAGAGAGAGAGAUGAUGAGAGUCUGGAUGAAGUUGUUCUCCGAAGAUCUCAGCACUCCGAUCUGGCUGAUGUCACCCUCCAACCAUUAGAGAAAAACAGAGACAGCAGGAAUACAAGAAUGACAAAACAAGAAAGCGAUUUGGUUGCCUUGCGUAAAAAGACAAGAAAACGCACCCGAAAGUUUGUCGUUGAUGGGGUCCUCGUUACUACAAGACAGGUCUUUUAUGAAGAUGAGGGAAUGGGCACUGGCCAUUUUGCAAGGAAGCAGGAAUUGCGUGAGCUCAAGAUUCUGCAAAAAAUUGAGCAGAAACAGUUCCAGGAACUGGGUAUGAAAGCCAAUUUUGCCCGAGUAGAACAAGAAAAGAAGUUUGACUUGGAGAGACAGCAGCUCUUACGAGGAUAUGAUACUGAUAUAGAAGCACUAAACAGACAACAGAAACAACAAGUAGAAAAAGCAGAGGCUUUGCAAGAGGUCGAGUUGAAGAAUGCCAGCAAAAAGAUAAGAGCUGAACAAGAACGGGAAUUAAAAGCUUUCAGAGAAUCCCUCAAGACAGAGCUUAAGCUUUUGAAACAAGAGAUUGAUCUUCUGCCUAAAGACAAGAGAAAGGAAGCCUUCAAGUCUCGCAAGGAACGGUUGGAUGAGGAUCAGAGUGAGAGAGAAAAAUCUUUCUUGGAGAAACUACAUGAAGCUCAUGAGGUAUCCCUGAAACGCUUGGGGGAUGAUCAUCGGGAAAGAAUUGCUUUAUUAGAGAGGCAGUUUCUUCAGCAAAAACACCAGCUACUAAGAUCUAGAGAAUCUGCGCUCUGGGAAAUGGAAGAACGCCACCUACACGAAAAGCAUCAGCUCUCCAAGAGACAACUUAAAGAUAUAUUCUUCCUCCAGAGACACCAGAUGCUGCUGCGCCAUGAGAAGGAACUGGAGCAAGUGAAACGGGUAAAUCAGCAGAAAGAAGAGGAACUUGUUAAACGACAGCAGAUUGAAAAAAGACAGUUGCCAAAGCGAAUCCGCCAAGAAAUGAAGGCACGUGAACUUAUGUUCCGUGAGAGUAUGAGAAUAAGCACUUUCCAUCUCCCAGACUCCCAUGAAGACGAGAAAAACAAAUUAAAAAAGUUCCAGGAGAAUGAAAAACGUAGAUAUGAGGCAGAAAAGAAACGUGCAGAACAGAAACAUCAGCGAAAGCUAGAAGAGCUUCAGGCAUCCUCAGAAUACACUGUGAAAGAAUUAGAACAACUUCAGAAUGAAAAGCGUAAAAUGCUGAUGGAGCACGAAACUAACAAACUCAAAUCUCAGGAUGAAGAGUAUCAGAGAGAAGUAAGAGAGUGGAAAGACAAUCUCAAGCCUCGGAAACAGGGACUGGAGAAGGACUUUCAUGCUGAUUGGAUCUUUGCACAGAGAACACAUCUUGACUACCAGAAAUUGGAAGAAGAAUUUGAAAAACAGCUAAAUGAACAGGAACAGUUUUAUGGAGCUUACCUGAGCCGUAGCCUUGGUUCCAGUAUGACUCCCUCACAAUCAACUUCCAGUCUUGCUCGCUCUAAUACAUCCUAGAAGUACAAGCUACUGCCUACAGCAAGUAUCUUACCUUUCACAAAAGUCAUAAAUGGAAGUCAUGUUGAACUUAAAAUAAAAUGUUGAGUGGAAUUGGGUAUCCAUGUUUACAAAUUACUGGGAUUUUUUGUAAGAGUGCUGUGUUCAAAAGUUAAAAAGUGAAAGAUAACUUUGGUCAAUAUAUUAACAUUUGUAAAUUUUGAUGUUCUUUAUGAGAACACUUAGUAUUACAAAGUACUAAAGGCGCAUGAAAUGUCUGGUUGGCAUUGAUGAGUGAAACAAAUUAGUGAAUUAUUUUAAUUGUUUAAAUACUGCCAGUUUAUAACAGCAAUUUGUUUACAUUGUGCAUACUCCAGUGGCUUGAAAAUAUCAGCACAUGAAUCAGUGCCCCCAAAUUUCCCUGGCUGACUGUUGUUCAAUAAUCGAUGAAUAUGAAAAAAGUAUGCAUGACACUAUGAAUUCUAGUGUCCAUCCACUGCAGUUUGAAAAAAUACAGCAUCCACAUGAUCCAGGAAACCAGAAUUACUGGCUAGGGUAUUCUGCCUUCAAAGGUAUGGUGAAUAUACCACCCCUUCCCUUCCCAAGUAUCUAGGUUAUAUCCUAGAAGAUCUCAGGUUGGCUCUACUAAGUAACUGGGUUAUUAUUGUGUCUUUAACUUCAGAGCAAAGUAUUUAAUCAAAAUCUCCAAUAGUCUACAAUAAUUAUAUAUAUUGUAUUUCACAUUCGGUGCAGGAGGGUAAUUUUUGUAGUUUUGCCCUCUAAUAUCAAAAUCACUUGUGCAGUCAUUUUAAUUUUUUACUUGGAUUACUGACAAUCACUAUUGCUGUGUGAAAAUGAAAAUGUUAUUGGUACAACACUGUAGCUCAUAUACAGACUUUGCAAUAUUUCCUAUUAUGUGCAAUAUGCAGACAUGACAAAAACAUUUGAAAGAAAAGAAAAAAAAAUUGAAAAACUUUUGGUACAUUUCUAACUUUUAGGACGUUUGCAGCCCACAUUAUGCAAUUAAAAGGGACAUAUUUUAGGAAAUGUGGAUAUAUUGUACUUUCUUAAAUAAAUUUGUUACUCUAUUUAUUCAUAAUAUAUUCAUUAAAACCAAACUGGGUACGAGAAUUUUGUUUGCACAAAUUCAGGAGUAACAUGCAUACACGAUUAAUGAUCCCUCACGGUCAGCUAUGUCAGUAGUGCAAAUAAUCUAGGUGAAUAUAAAUCUUUAGUAAAUACCAUACAAUAUUUUUAAGCAACUAACAUCCUCAUCAUAUGCUCACAAAUUACAAAUGAACCGAAUGGCAAUUUUGAUCUCUCUUGGAGGGACAAAUCUCUUUCACUAACUUUAGUUUGUGGGCUAUUUAAGAUUGUUCUAGUCACAGUGUUGUGACUUUUGUUCAUUAAUAUCCACAUGAUAUAUUGCCUAGAAUUAUUUGUGUAAAAUAAAUCUUUAGACAGUGGAAAUGUUUUAAAUAGCUGCACAAAUUAGAGAUGAAGUUGGCAUACAAGAGCUUAAUACUUAUUAGGAGGGGUCUCAUAGCUUUUUAAAAUAGUUUGUGGAACAUUUGAAGGUUUUCACAAUGAUAUGUAUAUUUAAAAUUUGCUUCCAUAUUGGAAUGAUUCAAUUAGUGAGGUGUUUUAUAUAUGUACCAUAGUGUUAUUUAUGAAUCCCACAAAUUCUUUACUUAAUAAAUUAUGUGCUCAAUCAACUGAACUAAUGUGCAUAAAGCACAUACUAUUAAGCAAUGUUUUGACAGUUAUCUCCGUCUGAGAAAAGCAGCUUCAUGGUCCAGGUCUACUUUGUUUUACUUUAUAACUUUUAUUGGAAAGGGAUUCAGUUUUAGAUUGAUUUUCUGUAAUCCAUUCAAAAUACAGCUAUCGCUCUCUUAAUUGAACUGAAGGAUUGGGUGAAAAGGUUUUCAGAUUACACAUUUUUUAUAAUUUUUUUUUAGCUGGUUCAAUAAAUACAUCAAUGUAUAUUAUUUGAUAGAGAUUUCUCUAACAAAUUUACCACUUGUGCACAACUACCAUGUACAAAAAGUAAAGCAUAAAAAUCAAUUUUAUUUCAUUUAAAUAGUUUCAGUACAAAUUUGUACAAAAAAAAAAAAAAGCAAAACAAAGAGCAUUAUCUAAACAAUACAAAAUACAGAAGAGUAUCAAGAUGUAUUAUACAUGUGUGGGCAUUUACCCUGCCUCUGCAAAGUAUGUUGUAUUUUUUUUAACCUGUAGAUUUUUACAGUGUACAGAUAUGAAUCUUAAAAUACAAGACAUGAGACUAAAGAUGAAAAAAAAGUUUGCUUUUAGCAUAUUAAAAUUCCUGUUCAUUCACAUGGAAAAUAACAUCAAAACUUUGUCUUAGCUUCUAGAUUAAGCUUUGACUGGUGUGUUAUGAUUCCAGGGAUCACCACCCUCCCAUAGCUCAUUCUCAGACAGGCCUUCUAAGUUAGAAAAAUUGUUGGAAUAAAAACUUAAUAAACUUUAGGAAAUUGGAGACAGCGUAAAAUGUUUUGAGAAGCUUCCACUUAGCUUUUAUGACACUACACUAUGCUUUCCUGGGUGGGUGCUGUUCAAACAAAUUCAUCCAUUUUCAUUUGGCUAAUACUGUUACAUCCCUAUAUUCUAAAUUAUCUGAACCCUUAACUAUGGAUAUAAACUGGUAACCUAACUUGUACCUCCUAAGAUAUUACACAGUAGGUCCCAACUGAAGAUAAUUUGUAUCUGAAUUUUUUUUUUUAAAGUUGAUUGUAUGGAACAUAGAACCCAUUUUACCUAGACACCUAUGUUAUGACUGGAUGUGUGUUCUCAAGCCAUAUUUUAUUUCAUUUAAUUUUAAAUAAAAAUUUACAAUACCUUGUAUUUGGUAAAACAAGAGAAAAAAGUAAUUUUUAUAAUUUAGCCAUAAGAAAAUCAAAUAUUAAGUCUGUAAAUAUUGACCAGUCUUUUUCAAACAAAUGUAAAUCUAGACAUACUCAAAAUGAACAUACACAGUUUGAAUAUUUUUUAAAUACGGACCAAGAAACCUUCAGGUUUAGCACCUUACCCCUUCCAUGACUAAUAUCUAACUAAAUUUUUUGAGUGUCUUAAUUAGGGAAGUUCAUUAUAUUGGAAGAGCAAGACCAUGCUCACAAGUAAUUAGUUUCAAAAUGACUGUUGUUAAAAGUGGAAUAUUAUGUCAGGGACCUACUGUACAAUGCCUAAGGUAAUUCAGAUGUUUUUGAGGUUUAUAUGCUGUUCCACCUGAAUGUCAUCAUUUCCCUCCACCCUAACAAGUUGAUCUGUCAUUAACAAAAUAUAUCCUGGGUCCCCAAACAUCAACACUUGUAUUUCCUCUAUAUUUAGCUCCUCACCAUCAUCUCUGUACAUUACCUUCUCUGCAAGGUGGGUGCCUUUAUGCUAGCAAAGGAAUUUUAAUCCAGGGAAUUGGAACUGUCCUCCAGUUCCCUUGUCUAUACACAAUUGAACAGAACACCAAAAGUGUUAGCUAAGGAUAGCUUCAUUUUAAACUUUUUAUUCAGCUGGAUCAGAAAAGUGAUAGUAUCCAAACUGAUUCCGAAAGACCACGUCCCAGUUAAGAGUGCGAUUACUGUAUAUGCUAUAGUGAUACUAUGGUAUUUUGUGGUAUAAAUUACUAUUAUUUACACGGUGGAAAAUAAGAUCUUGUUUUUUUUAGGAUAAGUAGAUAAUGUGAUUAUAAGCAUUGUAAUUUAUUAAAAAAGUUAAAUAUUUCUCUGAUUUGGGAGAUGCACAGUUGUCAUUGUAUUGUGAAUGUUCAGCAUCCUGAUGUACACAGCCACUUACUGGAUAAUACACUUAAAUAUAAAAUGCUCAUAGUAAUAGCUAUUAGCUUUAUAGUUAUAACACUUGUUAUAUUGGUGAACUGUAUUAUACCGAAGCAUUUUUACUUUGUAUUCUGAGGUAAUACUUUUGUUGGCUAAGUAGAUCGUUUAACUUGCCUAUGUGCAUCUUUCAAGAAAAAACUGCACAUCACCUGUAAGGAGUAUUAGGUUUGAAUCCUGAUUUCUAAACUUGCCAUCUGCAAAUUAUACUGCAUACCACAUUUAUCAAAGUCUUUACUGAAGUAUGAUUUGCAAUGAAACACUUUUUCUUAAAUAGAAAAGUUGUAGUAAGAAUUAUCAGCUAUAGGUUCAUCAUUCUUCCAAUAAGCCAAGAGGUAAUAUUUUGGAAAUUUGAAACAGUGAUGGUAUGACACUUAAAUCUUAAAAACGUGUAGCAUUUUAGUAUUUUUAACUACAAAAAUAAUAACAUAGCAUCUUUAAACUGAUUCUAACUAUAUUUGAUGGACAAGAGGAUUCUGCAUAUAAUUUUUAUUGGAAAUAACCUUACACAUUAAAAUGUUUGGUUGCUUAGAAUGAUGAAAUAAAGACCACUAAUUUGUAAUAGUUCAUACAUUAUGCAUACUGAUCUUGUAAGAUUGUGCAUUGGUAGGUGUAUGGACACAAAGCAUUCAACUCGUGAUCUGUGCCGAGCCUUUUGGUAAAGAAUAUUUUUUUUUAAAUAUACAGUACACUAAUGGGAUGCCUAGAUUCCCUACAAAUGUUAUUCUUUGGAAUGUGGAAAUUAAAACAAAAUGAAAUUAAUAUUUUCACAGCAUUCUAAGUCCAAACUUGGGCUCAUCCUCAGUGUUAUGGACCUGCCAUUACCUCUGCCUUCUGCCAUCUUUUUGUACUUAGAAAUAAUUGACUUUAACAAAGUACUUUUAUCAGUCAUUUGAUGUUUAGUCAUUUGAAUAGCUUUCAGAGUUUUACGUACUGUACAUAUUAAUGUACGAUAAACUUUUUCAGUGUUUUCCAAGUCGAAGGGAAAUAUUUUUUUGAAAAAUCUUUGUAUUGGUAAACUAUUCCAUCCUGCUCGGGUCAAAACUUGUACUGUGUGGAUGUUUACUUUUAUGACCAAUAAAUAAUAGGUAGACUAUCACCUUUGUAAAUUUUAAUUUCUUUCGGAUUUUCAUGCUUAUUUGAGACAUCGUUAGGUCCUAUAUAGGUAUUAUAAUAUGACUGUUUUGUUUUCGUUCAUAGGAUCGUCCAUUUUCGGACAAACCGACUGUAAAAAAUCCAGUAAGAAAUAUGUUUACAUAUAUAAUUGUUAAAAAUAUGAAGUGUAAAGAAAUAAAUUGCUUUAUUAA